AUGUCGAAAUCUAAAGUUGUUUGCCCGCAAACGCUGGUAAACAUUGUUGAUGGAGUUACACAUAUCUAUACCCGCCACGAAGAACUCGGUCAUGGUGGCUUCGCUACUGUAUUCCGUGUUACUGAUCAAGCGAACGGUGAAGAUUAUGCAAUGAAGGUUGUUCCCAAAGCCAGAGUAUCAAAGCCAAAGUCAUUAGAAAAGAUGAAGAGUGAGAUUAAGAUCCAAUCUUCACUUAAUCAUGUAAACGUAGUCAAAGCUUACGGUUCAUUUGAAGAUGAAAUCAAUUACUACAUAAUAAUUGAGUUAUGCCCAGGCCACUCAAUAAGAGAUAUCAUCAAAAAAGAAGGAUUCCUUAAAGAGGAUGUUGUUGUUCAAUAUACUCGUGAUGUUCUUGAAGGUUUGUCAUAUCUUCAUGAUAAUCGUAUUAUCCAUCGUGAUCUCAAAAUCGAGAACUUCUUAUUUGGAUCCGAUGGAAAGAUCAAAAUUGCUGAUUUCGGAUUGAGUGCCCAGCUUGAUUACGAUAAUGAAAAGAAGUUCACUGUAUGCGGGACUCCAAACUACAUCAGUCCAGAACUUUUAACGCAAGCAUUCAAAGGCCAUAGUUACGAAGUUGACAUUUGGGCAAUUGGAGUAUGCGUAUUUGCUAUGCUCUAUGGAACCCCUCCAUUUGAAACAGCAAAGACAAAGGAAACAUAUGAGCAAAUCAAGCAUUGCCAAUACAAAUUCCCAUGUUAUCCAAUUGUGAGUGAUGAAGCCAAAGAUUUUAUUCAAAGUACACUUAAGCUUGAUCCUAAGGAACGUCCAAACUGCCAGGAACUUCUUGCUCACCCAUUCAUUACUGGAGAAAAGUUAUUAGUUAAGAAGGAGGAAAAGCCAAUGCCUCGUCCAGAAAUCGUCAAAGAAGAAAAUAUUGAUAUUAAUGCUCGUAUUCCAAAGUCUCCAGCAGCAUCUCCAUCUCCAUACUCAACAAUGCCAAACCAAUUUGUUUCCAGGUUCUGCGACCAUUCCGCAAAAUAUGGUCUCGGAUAUCUUUUAAUAGAUGGUUCAGUUGGUGCAUGCUUUAAUGAUUUGAGCCGUAUGAUAAUGGAUCCAUAUCAAGAAUUCAUUCAGUAUUGGCCAGAUUAUUCCACAGAAAUACCAGAAGUUCUUUCCAUUAAUGAUCCAAAACAAGCCAAAAAGACAACAAUUUUGCAGAAGUUUUCUGAUUCUCUCAGAAAAUCCAGUACAAUGUUCACACUUCCUGAAGAGAAGUAUGAUAGGACAAAGCCAAUGCAUCACGUCAAAUACUGGAUUAGGAAUGAUGACGCUACAUUAUUUAGACUUGACAACAGAAACGUUCAAGUUAACUUUACAGAUAGAACAAAAGUUGCUUUAUUCUGGAACAUAAAGAAGUUAAUGAUUGUUCAUUCCAUCAAAGAGUCAGGAAGGCUUGUCAACCUUCAUGAUCUUAAUGAUGGAAGCCAUUCAGAAGAAAAGAAGCGUUUCGCCGUUGUUAAGCACCUUUUGACUGAAUUAAGUUCCCAGUAA